GGACGUAGACCUUUGUCACCAAGCUUAACCAUUAGAUCCUUCCAAAACUAAGAGUGCCAUUAGUGAGCUUAAAGAGUACUGUGAGACUCAUCAACAACUAAAGCUGUCUCAAUUUUCUUCUAUUUUCUAGGCAAAAAGUUGUUAGUGGAAAACUUAAGUGAGGCAAAAAGAGAAAAGGGAGUGACUAAUUAAAUUAAUUGAUUGAUUGUUUAAGAGAGAGAUCAAGAUAAUGGUGAGACCCCCUUGUUGUGACAAAGAAGGAGUGAAGAAAGGGCCAUGGACUCCUGAAGAAGAUAUCAUUUUAGUUACUUACAUCCAAGAACAUGGUCCUGGUAAUUGGAGAGCUGUUCCCACCAAUACUGGGUUGCUUAGAUGCAGCAAGAGUUGUAGGCUUAGAUGGACGAACUAUUUAAGGCCAGGAAUCAAAAGAGGCAACUUCACAGAACAUGAAGAGAAGAUGAUUGUACAUCUCCAAGCCCUCUUAGGCAAUAGAUGGGCUGCAAUUGCGUCUUAUCUUCCACAAAGGACAGACAAUGACAUUAAGAACUAUUGGAACACUCACUUGAAGAAGAAACUCAACAAAGCCAAUCAAGUUUCUCAUCAAGAACAUGAUCAAUCAAGAGACCGUUCCUCACUCUCUUCUUCUCCAUCGUCUUCCUCUGCUAAUUCCAACUCAAAUAUUAAUAUCGCAAGAGGCCAAUGGGAAAGAAGACUUCAAACCGAUAUUCACUUGGCGAAAAAGGCUCUCUCUGAGGCUUUGUCUCCUGCCGUAGCACCGAUCAAUACAGCAACAACAUCUUCUUCUGCUGAAUCAAGACUUACUACUUCCUCAGCUAGUGGGUUUCUUUGGACACAAGAAACAUCUACCACUUAUGCCUCAAGCACCGAGAAUAUAGCGAAAUUGCUCAAAGGGUGGGUGAAGAAAUCGCCAACUCAGAACUCAGCGGAUCAAAUGGUUUCUCCGGAUUCUGAGACAAAAGAAGUGAUCAAGAGUAAUGUCGAGAAGGACUGUGCAGGGGCAUUUCAGUCAUUUUCAGGGUUCGAUCACUUAAAAGAUCGUGACUCAGCUGGUGUUUCACCUGAUCAUGAGACCAAACCAGACAUAACUGGAUACAGUAACCAAAGUCAAUGGUCUUUGUUCGAGAAGUGGCUGUUUGAGGAUUCUGGUGGACAGGUUGGUGAUAUUUUAUUGGAUGAAAACCCUAAUUUCUUCUGAAAAUUUUGGUUAAUCAGAUGGUUUUCGAAUUAACUCGCUAAAAUUAUGGUUAGCUGAAUCGUUUAUAAUUUUACUUAUUUUCCUUCGUUAUAAUGAUAGGUUGUUCUACAACUGGCCUUGUAAAAUCUCUAGGGGCCUGAAAUAUGUCCCCCAAUGAUUUUAGUGUUGGUGUAAUAUUUUUCUAAUACUCAAUUUGUUAUUUUGAACUA